AUUGUAAAAUAAUGUAUACUCCGUAUUAUAUAUAAAGUACACUUUCCUACGCUCCUAUUACUUUCGUCUGUCUAAUCAUAUUAGAUACUGACUUUUCUGCUUCAUCAAAUUAUGUAUUAUUUCUGAAUUUUAGGUAGGAAAAAAAAAGAUGGUACUCCUCUUUCAAUGUAGGAUAAUCUGCUAUUAGUUCCUUUUCAGUUUUUUUUAUCAGCUUGUGGGAUUGAGAUUUGUUAACGUAAGUAUGAAUUUUCGGUCUUAAUUACGCGUAUUAUAAAAACUGUGGAGGGCCAGCAGGCAUAGUGUUUGUUAGGUAACUUUCGUUAUAUUGUAAUAGAAAGAAUGAAGGCAUUUGAUGUUGAUUAUGAAUCUGCAACGGAGGCGACAGAGGUUAUCAGAAGUGAUCAGUCUGCUGUUCUUUUUCCUCAAACUAGCCUUGGGUUUAUGGAGUCCCUAACCAUGCCUGAUGUUCAGGAGGUUGUUAUAUCAGCAGACGUGAGAUGCUCAGACUGUCAGAAGAGGAUUCUCGACAUGAUCUCUCGUUUUGAUGAAACAGAAUCUGUGGUGGUGAAUUUGUCAGAAAAGAAAGUGGCUAUCACUUGUAAGUACAUCAAAGGCUCAAAGAAACAAAUUAUUGCCCGUCAAAAGAUUACCUUUGGCAAGGUUGCUUUGAUUAAGCGAAUAUUUGGAUCUUCAAGGACUUAAAUUUUCUUGUCUGAAUCAUCCAUGAAGCGCCGUCAUACAGUAGUAAUGUAAGUAGACAGAUUGGAGUAGAGCAGGGUACCUGUAUAGUGAAAACUCUUCCUUUUCUUAUCUUUCAAAACUUAUUUGUAUAAGCAUCUCUCAUUUUCUUCUUUUUGGGUGUACUGUGUGAAGGUUUGUUACUUCAGUGUUAAAAAAUUGAUCAAUUUCAGAUGUCAAUUCUUUGUUUCAA